CACAAGCGAACACCAGGAUCAGGCUGAUCCAGAAGUCGCGAACCGAGCAAAACCAGUUCGAUAGGUGCCAGUCGUGGCGAGCAGGUCGAGCCGGCGGCUGCCAACUCUGAGAGGUAUCUUCCUCCCAUCCACGGAUCCCUGUCGUGAAUCUGACUGUCGCACGCGACGUAUGAUAUCUCGUGUUUACCGAGCGGAUGUCCGGAGAUCGGUUGAAGGGCGUUCUCCAAAGCCCGUGAAGGUCACAGGGUCACAGAUGAAACGGGGAGGCGCCGGACGUGGGAGACACCACUCGAUAGGCUUCGACCACGUGGCCGCAGCUGUUCACCGGGGAUUUGCGAUCGAGGGUGCGAGAUUUGCGUCUGACUGACGUCAGGUGAUCCAGGUGAUCUCGUGGAACGUGCCGAGAACUCAAUUCGACCAUCAUAUCAUCAAGAGGAGAUAAUGCAUCGCCGUACAGUUUGACAACUUGAAGGAGUUUUGCAAUAACGUCACAAGCAAAAGCAGAAGCAACAACAGCGAUCUGUCGAGCGGUGUCAGUCAAGAUGUGUAACCGGCGGAAACAAACCUGGUCCACUGUUAUCAUCGGCAAUGUGUUGAUCUAUACUAUUGUUAUCGCCAGCCCGAUCUACGUUCCUCAAUUUCAACCGGGAAGCACGGGAAGAAAUAUCAGACACUUGCCCUGCGUGUCACGCAGGAGCGGUGAGACCGGUGUGUGCAUGUUUGCGUUUACUUGUGCGAAAGCAAAUGGCACGCAUCUUGGUACCUGCAUCGAUCGUUUCUACUUCGGUAGCUGCUGCAAGAUUGACGACGAGCCGGACAUCUUUCCGCAAGACAACAGCAUUGACGAUGGUCCGCCGGCGCCAAGGCCGUUUAUCACGACCCACAGGCCUAUCGGGAGCAGCGGCAUACCCGAGUACUUCACGAAGCUCAAGCCGACCGAUGAAAAGAAACCAGUCGGGGCUUCACAAAUCACGACAAUAUCUGGAUUCUUGAAUACGCAAAGCACGCAGACUUCAGCAAAUACGAUGACAGACACGACGAAGUUCGUGACAAAGAAGCCAACAAUCACAACAAUAGAAAUGACUACGCAGACUACUCGCCUCUCGACAUUCCAAACCGUGCAAAACGCUGCGGAACCUAGCACGGAAGCCACGUUGAAGGCAACCAACAAUACUGUAAAUAUUCCAGCAAAUAUAUCGCCAAGUAUAACGAGACAACCUACGAAACCGACCAUUUUGGACUCUACCCUCCGACCUAGCACUCUAAAUUUAACGAAACUGACGACUAUCACAUCGGAAACGACCGCGAAGAAACCUGUUAUCUCAACGACAACAGUACAAAAACCUAUAGUGCAGACCUCUCAGAAACCACUCUCUUCUACUACUCGACCGAUUGUUCAACAUGAAUCGACGACGACUACGAUAAAGAACGUUCUCACGAUUACCACGCAAAAAGUGAUGCCUUCAACCAGAUUCCCACCAAGAAAUACGACGUCGAUUAAACCAUUAAAUCAGACGACUACGAGAAAGCCUAGCACUAAGAGACCUAGUACCACCGUGAUAACAAAACGCCCAGUGGUGACUACGAAGAAGCCCACUACGUUGACAAAGAGACCUUCAACUCCAACGAAGCCUCUUACGAAUUCCAGCUUCGGCACCACUUUACCGGCGACAACUAAGCCUCAUUCAACCUCUGGCUCAUUCAGCAAUGGAUCUUUCAGUACAAGUGCAGAUCGAGCAACGGAAAGUACUUUAGCCUCCACUGGAAUUAGACCAUCAACUGCAACGACGGCAACUACCAAUACAAUUCAGAAAACAACUAUUACGCCUACGAAUUUGGAUCACAAAGGAUCUACCAAAACGACAACGCCGAAGACAACCUUGAAACCGACAUCGACGGUCAGAACAACCACCGCGAGACCAUCCACUACGACUAAAACAACAAUUAACAGACCGAUCACGACUAAACCAUCAUCGUCAACUACAACGAAGCUGAAACCUACUAAGAUCACUAGUACGACGACGAAGAUUACUAGACCUGAAUACGCUAGCGCCACGACAACCACCGAGGGUACGAAGCCAUUAUCGUCAACUGUAGGUUCAACGGUUAGCGUUACGAGACCAAGACCCAGCACGACGAAACCAACACCCUUGACGAAACUUCCCGUGAACACGUCCAGUAUCGUGGAAGUUACCACAAGCAUCUCAAGCUCGAUAUCCACGUUUACCGUUAGAAACGAGAGCACCUCGACCCACGUAACUCCUACCAAGGGUCAGAAUGUUAAUCACACCCUCGAGGAGAUCCCGUUGACUACUUACUCGCCAGGAUUGGUAACGUGGAGCUCGAACUCCGAUGAAGUUUCUACAAAGGCGUCCAACAAAACAGUUUUGUCGACAUCAACAUCAACGUUGUCAACGCCAACGCCAACGUCAACGUCAACGUCGACGUCAACGUUAACGUUAACGUCAACACCGACGGUAGCUUCAUCGUCAGAACAAGCGGAAACUGAUUGGUCGCCGAUAACAACUCCGGAUGGCUGGAUAAUGAUUCAGUCGCCUACCACCGAAAAGUUACCGGAGACUCAAGAGUCGUCGACCGAACCGGUUACGGAAUCCCCUAUACAGUCUUUGACUUCUGCCAAACCGAUAACAGAGAGCAGUAUAAUCCCCGACAUCAUAAAGAGACCAACGGUGACAACUUUAUUGUCAACGAUUGCCAGUGUUACGAUCGACAUGGAACUUCCGCUACCAAUGGAGACCCUCAAUAUGUCGGAUUACAAACAAGUGUGCGGACGAAGAAUGUUUCCGGAGCCUAAGAUCGUCGGUGGUGAGCGAAGUUCCUUCGGAAAAUGGCCUUGGCAGAUCUCAUUACGUCAAUGGCGAUCGCAGACAUAUCUGCACAAAUGCGGCGCGGCAUUGUUGAACGAGAACUGGGCUAUUACCGCGGCGCACUGCGUCGAAAG